AUGCCAACAUCGAGUCAAUCACAAAUACUUUCUGCUGUUGAUUAUCAAUUAUUUCAACAACAAAUUAAUGAUCACAAUGGAAGAACAAAACGUAGUUCUAUUCAUAAAAAAUCAGUACAUGAAUCAAAACGACGUCAAUCUACAGAUAAUACUCGUCGACCAACAAAUAUCACUGCUCGUCAUCGAAAUUCAGUUCCUACCAUAUCAAAACGUUAUAAUCUUCUUCAUAUGCCAGUAAUUAAUCUUUAUUCAAUGACACAAAAUGAGCAACAAAUAUCGAUACCAUCAUCUGUUCAAAGUUCAAUAAAUAAUGAUAAUCAAAUAGAAAAUUUUUCUACAAUAAUCAAUGAUACUGAUUUAGAAGAUAUAAGUCGUGAACGUAGACCUAGUUUAUUAAAUGAAAAUACACGACGUCUACUUCUUUUGGGUACAAUACGUCCAUCGAAAACUUUCUAUAAAGAUUUACCAGAAGUUGAUGUUGAACAAUUGAUGGAAUAUUUUCGUCGAAUGAGAAAUACAAAUAUCAAAAUGACAUCAGAAGAAAUUAAUCAAGAAUUAAAAACACAAUUUACAGAAUAUAAAUCAAAAACGUUUUUUGAUUCUGCUUGUGUAACAAAAGCUCAAAUAAAAGAUGUUGAAGGAAUUGUUGAACCAUAUGCAGAUCAAAUUCGAACUCAUCAAGCUGAAUUAAUUAAAGUUGAUAAUCCAAUGCGUUUUAUUAUAAAACAAAUUCAUAAUGAUCAACCAUUAACAAUAAUACCACGUGAAUAUAAUGAUUGUUUUUUAACACUUAUUACUCAAACAGAUCCAUUAUGUCAAUCAACUUUAAUUAGUGAACUUAUUCAAGAUCAACUUUGUGAAGAUCUUAAAGCAAAUUCAUUAGAUAUAAGUUAUUUUCCAGGUGGUAUUAAUUAUGAAAUACCACGUGAUGAAAUCGAUAAAAAUGGUCAAAUGGCUAUUAAAACAUAUGAAAAAUUAAAAAAACGUUUAAAUAAACGUAAAGUUUGGUAUUUUAAUAGACCGCCAGAAAAAAAACCGUAUGCUUUAUUAGCAAUUCUUCCUGCGAAUGUAUCAAAUGAUAUUCAUCAUCAACAGUUACUAGAUUGUCUUUAUGAUCGCUUAAAAACUUUUUCAAUGAGUGAAAACUCUGAUAUUAAAAAGCAUAUAUUAUCAAUUGAAUUUAUUCCAUUGAAUCUUAUAUUAGAUUCUAAUGAUAUUUCUAAUCAAUUUAUUAUUGAUUGUGAUUCAAUUGAAACAAAACAACAAUUAAUGGAAAAACCAUUAAAAUUCAAUUUAGAUAAUCAUUCAAUUACAAUAGACUUACAUUCCUAUGAUGAAGAUAUUCAAAGAGAAUAUGAUAAAUUUAUUAAAGCAGAAAAAUAUCGAGAAUUAAUUAAAAAUCAUGAUGAUGCAGUGAAAAGAAUACCGAUAAAAAAAUAA